AACGGUAGCCAGCAGUGUCAGAUGUGUGACAGUGUCUGUCAUGUGCUCAGGCAUGUCUUUGCGAGGCAGUCUCACCCCACAACCAGUAUAGUGGAGUGGGCAGUCGAUUUCCGUGAGGGGACAUUCGUCUUCAAUGUGUUUCUCAAUGUCCUGCUUCUUGAAAGGAUCCUUUUGACAUUUGUUGGGGCAUGUGACUGGAUACAACUCGCAAUGAAGAUAGUGGAUUUCAGUAACUUCUUUGAAUGUUGA